UGAGCUCAGGGCAGCUGACCAAUAUAGGAAAACACACAGAUACGUGUCCCUCCCACAGGACACUGAGAGUUUUGCUCUGCACUGAAGUCAGCCAGUGUUCAGUCAGAGUUUGGUCAUGUCUGGACUGUUGGGUGUUCGCCUGCUGCUGCUGUGGGGCUGCGCCUGCCUCUGGCUGAGCAGCUCAGCCUCAGGAGCUCUGGUCAUCUCCAGGCACGAUGAAGCCAUACAGGAGAGAAGAGGAGCUGCCAGAUCACUGCAGAAAAGAAGUACAAAUGAAGUAAUGGUGGAGGUGCACAGUGUGACAGUGGACUGCACUGUGACCUCUCGUUUUGCCCACACUGUCAUGACCUCCAAGGCGUUCAACAAAGCAAACUCGUCACAGGAAAUCUUUUUUGAAGUGGAGCUGCCCAAGACUGCUUUCAUCACAAACUUCAGCAUGGAAAUCGAGGGUCAGGUGUAUGUCGGAGAGGUGAAGGACAAAGAGAAAGCUAAGAAACAGUACGAGAAGGCUGUUUCCUCUGGACAGACUGCUGGACUCGUCAAGGCUUCUGGGAGAAAGAUGGAGAAGUUUUCAGUCUCUGUCAAUAUUGCAGCUGAAAGCAACGUGACCUUUGUCCUGACAUAUGAGGAGCUCCUUCAGAGGAAACUGGGCCGAUAUGAGCUUUUGACCAGAGUCAAACCCAAAACACUGGUUCAGGACUUUCAGAUUGUGACAAACAUCUAUGAGCCUCAGGGCAUUUCUUAUGUUGACGCCCACGCAACCUUCCUCUCGAAUGAGCUGCUCCCUCUGGUGGAGAAAACUGUCACAGACAGAAAGGCACAUAUCUCCUUCUCACCAACCAUGGAGCAGCAGAGGAAGUGUCCAGGUUGUGAUGGAACACUUAUUGAUGGAGAUUUUAUUGUCAGCUAUGAUGUGAAGCGAGAGAAGAACCUAGGGGACAUACAGAUUGUAAAUGGAUACUUUGUGCACUUCUUUGCUCCUGAAUUACCCAAACUCCCAAAGAAUGUGGUCUUUGUAAUUGACAUAAGUGGAUCAAUGAGUGGAAGAAAGAUGGAGCAGACAAGAGAAGCUAUGCUGGCCAUUCUUCAACAAAUCCAUGAAGACGACCACUUUGCCAUCAUCCUGUUUGAUUCUGUUAUUGAAACCUGGAAGGAUUCACUUACCAAAGCAACAAAGGAAAACAUAACUGAAGCCAUGGAUUACAUCAGAAGAAUGCAUAGUAGAGGAACAACCAAUAUUAAUGAUGCAGUGUUGACUGCUGUAAACAUGCUGGUCAAAGACAGACAGAUGGAGAGGCUACCAGAUAGAAGUGCAGAUAUGAUUAUAUUACUGACUGAUGGAAUGCCAAAUGAGGGAGAGAGCAACACUGGCAAGAUCCAGGAGAAUAUGCGUACAGCUAUUGGGGGAAACAUGUCUCUGUACUGCCUUGGAUUUGGAAAUGAUGUGGAUUAUUCCUUCCUGGAUGUGAUGAGCAAACAAAACAAAGGCCUGGCCCGCAGAAUCUUUGAAGCUUCAGAUGCUGCUGCUCAGCUCCAGGGUUUCUAUGACGAAGUGGCCAGCCCUCUACUUUUAGAGGUGGACAUGCACUAUCCUGACAAUGCAAUGGAUUCUCUGACCACCAGCCACUUUAGCUACUUGUUUAAUGGAACAGAGAUUGUUGUGGCUGGUCAUUUAAUGGACAACGACCUUGACAACUUCCUGGUGGAAGUGGUUGGACAGGGGCUCGAAGAAGACUUCAGAGUCCAGGGUCAAGUGAGUGCCGCAGACUGGGAUGUUUUUUACCCAGACGAGGAGUACAUCUUUGGAGAUUUUACCGAGCGGUUGUGGGCCUACCUCACUAUCCAGCAGUUACUGGACAAGAGCAAGAGCGGUACACCAGAUGAGAAAGCCAACACAACAGCCAAGGCCCUGGAUAUGUCCCUGCAGUACAGCUUUGUCACCCCUCUCACAUCCAUGGUUGUUACCAAGCCCGAAACCGAAGACUCGACAAGCAGCCCUCUUAUUGCUGACAAGCUGACUGAAGAGCAAAGACAGCAGGCUGAAAAAAUGACAUAUAAUUAUAUACCUGCGCAGUCGUAUCCACGGCAUUACCAGCCAGCACCCGCAUAUUUUGUGGAUGGAGAUCCUCACUUCAUGAUAGAGCUACCAGACCGAGGUGAUGCUUUGUGUUUCAACAUCAACAACAAACCAGGAACCAUUUUCAACCUGGUCAGAGACUCAAAUUCAGGUAUUUUGGUGAAUGGUGAGAUUAUUGGAGACAAGAAAACUCCCCCUGAUGGGAAAAUAAACACCUAUUUUUGGCGUUUUGGCAUUGUCCACCAGACCCUUGGGGUCAGGCUAGAGGUGAGCACUGAGGACAUCUCGCUGUUCCAGGAUGGCAAAUGGGUCAAACUGCUUUGGUCUGACGCAGCCUCCAUUAAAGGAUCCAAUGUGGAUCUUCUUGUGACCAAGGAUCGCAGCCUAACUGUAACACUAAGAGAUUCAGUUAAGUUUGUGAUUUUGCUUCACAAAGUGUGGAAGAAGCACCCAUACCACCGGGACUACUUGGGUUUCUACACCCUGGACAGUCACCUCCUGUCCCCUGGUGUUCAUGGCCUGCUAGGUCAGUUCUAUCAUGGGAUUAACUAUGAGGUGGCACACUUGCAUCCAGGAAAAGUCCCAGAGAAACCAGAUGCCACCAUGUAUGUGAAAGGACAGGAGCUCAAUGUAACCAGAGGCUGGCAGAGGGAUUUCAGGAACGAUGUGAAGAACGGGGAAAAUGUUCCGUGCUGGUUCAUUCACAAUAAUGGGACUGGCCUCAUUGACGGACAUGUGACAGACUACAUUGUUUCCGGCCUUUUUAAAUCUGUUUAAGAAGAGGCCACACGGCUGUACCAGCUGCUGAAAUCAUCAAAAUGCAAUUCUUUUAAAUAAAUAUUCAAAUUCGCAGGCACUUACAGCACCAAUAACCAGCAACCAACACAAGACAGCUUUCAUUCAUAGUGCUGCAUACAUAAUAAUCUCAACAGUGUCAAGUACUUGGAGACUGUCUCAGUGUUUCCUUGCAGUAAAAUAUGUGCAAAACAGUCAUUAAAGAUGUGCUCAAGAUUGGUCAA